AUGGUUGAACGCAUACUGAGAUUUCCAGCGGGCUGCAUCAGAGAGGUGUCCUGUGAAGCUCGGAAAUGUCUGUCAGAAGAUUCUGUGUUCAACACCAGCUCAGACGAAAAAGACGUGUCAGACGCAGAACUGGAAACGGCAAUCAUGUCAUCGAUAGAUAAGACAGGUCCAUAUUACAGCCAAAAAUUCAUGACAGGAUACCUGUCAUCAGUGGGGGUAUGGGCAGGAGAAUCUCUAGUGGGAAACAUUCUCAGAGAGGUACACCAGCCAUAUAAUGAACUGUGUCGCCAAAACCUUCGUGUGGAAAGAAUUUGGCCAGAGGUCAACAAUCGGGUGAACUAUCAACUAAAACAGGCCCUGGUUCACCUGCUUGAUCAAGAGCUGCUUGUCAUCCAGGAUAAUGUAACCAAAUUUUGUGUCUCCAACCUCGCAUUUCAAGUGAGUCAGAUUGGACUUGGCAGGGUUGUACAGUCAUGGAAUGCCCAUAGGAUACCAGGCAGAGGGAUACCAAACCAACUUUCAGCUGAUCGUUGUCCAGCAAGAAUUCACACAGAGCUGCUGCCCAAUGCUGCUGAGGCGGCACACAUGUAUGAGCAGGAGUUGGGGUCCUCCCUGACUUGGGUAUCUGCUUUUGGCUCUGACCCCUUUUCAUCAGAGCAAGACCGAUGUCGUGCUGAGCAGCUGUUUGGAGAGAGGUUUCCAGAUAUGUCUCUUCUUUUUGGAAAAGUGGUUAACAAUGACCAUAGGGUUUUUCAGGAGGCACUGUUCUAUCUGAUUAAUGUUACUGAAAGACAUGCCAGAUAAAUACUGGUGGUGGUAUUGCCAACUAUGCCAGUGAUGGACUAAGUACACAAAAAAUACUGUAUGGUUAUAUUUGUUCUAUUCGCCACAUUUCUAAAGCUGGAACUGCAAGAUGUUUUUACAUAAAAAAUGCCUUUACGCAGAUAAUUUAUCAAUUGACUUAUUUGUUA